AAGAUACUCUAUAAAUAACAAACAUCUCGAAUAAUGUGGAGUUUCCAUAUUUAUAAUCUUUAUCUGCUAGAAGCUUCUGAUUUUGUUGAUUAGUAUCUUUGCUUAUAAGACCCGUUUCCAUCACAUCUUACCUUUCAAAAACCCAAUUUACGAAAUGUCAAAGGAUACUAAGGAAAAACUGAUUUUUGCACCGGAGAGAUAUCAAUACACUAGAGGAAGUCUUCAUAGAGAAGACCUGGUUAACAAGGACCCUUUGCUGCUGUUUAACGAAUGGUUCCGUGAUGCGGUUCAGAACCAGGAUAUUAAGGCUCCAGAAUCAACAACCUUGUCUACAGCUCGUUUACCAUCUGGCAGAGUCUCUUCUCGACUCGUUCUGCUGAAGGAACUGGAUCAUCGUGGAUUUGUCGUGUUCACCAAUUUGGGCACAUCUAAGAAAGCCAAGGACUUAAAGACAAACCCCCAUGCUUCAUUGUCGUUCUGGUGGGAGCCUCUGCAGCGUCAAGUGCGUGUGGAAGGUGCAAUUGAGUACCUGACUCGUGAAGAGUCAAAUGAGUAUUUCCAGACUCGUCCUCGUGGUUCAAGAAUCGGUGCCUGGGCUUCUCCUCAGUCAGACGUAAUUAAGGACAGAAAGGAGCUUGAGGAUAGAGUUGCCGAGUAUACGAAAAAGUUUGGUGAGGACGAGGUAAAGCCUGUUCCUGUGCCCGAGUUUUGGGGUGGCAUCCGUAUUGUGCCCUUGGAAAUUGAAUUCUGGCAAGGUGGAAAGUUCCGUCUUCAUGACCGCUUCUCCUUCCGUCGUGAAAGUAUCGACAAGGAGUAUGAGCUCGUUCGUUUGGCUCCUUAAAUGAACACCGCUUUAAACUGCAUAUCCAAAUCAAUAUUAUAGUACUACUUUGGUUUACUAAAGGAGUUGCAGAUGAAUUUCAGGCUAAUCACAAUGUAUGGGUCUUGACUUUUUUGUUUUAAAUGAUGCCUAAUGACUAAACACUGGUUUAAAAAUGGAGGUUUCCUACAAUCUUAUAAAAAAAAAAAACCAUAUAUGAAACAAGCAAUGCCUUUAUUAAAAUUAAUUAUAUGAACAACUAUGGGAUGAAUUCAGAAUGUACGGUUAAGUGCAAUGUACUGUUUUGGUCUAGCAUUUUGACUUUUAAACAGUGUUUUCUUUAAAAUCUCGACAACACAUAUAAACGAUUCAAUGUGUAGGGUGAUCUAUGCAUCAGGUGGUGCUUUGAUUCGUUUUCGUUUCGCCUGUAUGAAUCCUUUCCCGCUCUACUCGGCUCAUUCUCACAACUUUCAAACCAUUGUGAUACAAAUAAAUGCUUUAUUUUGACUACCUGUCUAGAAUUACCGUUGUCCUCUCUCCCUCUUACUAAAGAUUGACCAUUCAAAU